AUGCAGUUCUCUACCGCCGCCCUCUUCACCACCCUCCUCUCUGCCAGCGCUCUCGCAGUCCCGGCCCAGGUCAAGGACAUGUCUGCCUCUGCCACCUGGACCAUCCAGAGCAUGAAGCGCACCUGCAACGGCGACGACACAUCCUGCGACUGGUCCUUCGGCAUCAACACCGGUGCUGGUACCACUGCCUGCGCCUACUCCGUCGGCAGGGACGGCAACACCAUCGCCAGCCGCUCCCCCAACCGCGGAAAGAACUGCGGCGCAUUCACCAUCACCAGCGCCUGGAGCGGCCAGUUCGGCGACGACAAGGGCUUCACCACUCUGAGCGUCGUGGACAACGGAGCUCGACUGAUUGCCUGGCCCGCCUAUACGGACCAGCAGCUCGCCAACGGCCAGGUGGUCCAGCCUGACCAGAGCUACCCCGUCCAGGCUCUGCCUUAA